AUGGAUGGGAAGGAAUGCGGCCUCGACCCCAAGAUCAUGAUCAUCAGAUCGCCAUGGCAACAGCACGGCCAAAUUGAUGUGUCAACGUGUGGAAGGCAUCUGCAAACCCGUCCGGAUCGUGGCCUACAAAGUGAGAAAAUGGCAGCGAAACCGACCGACAACGUAGACGACCUUGAUUCGUAUCUGGACGAUGUCCUGGACGAUUUCACCGCUCCUCCACCACCCGUCCAGCCUGCAGUGUCCUCAACCUCAGUCAGUUCCAGUGCUAUCGCGGAUACGGGAUUCGAUGACGACUUUGCGCGACAGCUUGCUUCAAAUAUGGAGCAGCUUUUUAAGGAGAGCUUUGGGGAAGAAGGAGAGGCCGCAAAUCCCGAAAUAAACAAUGCCAUGUCCAAACUGCUAGAUACCUUCAAGGAGCUACAGGUGGCCUCUGAGCCAGGGCAAAGCAGUCAACAACAACCAUCGUCAUCGCGAGAUGCACUAAACCCCGAAAGAACGCCAGCACCAAAACCAACCCAACAAAAAUCCUUCCAAGAGACAAUUGCACAAACUAUGCACAAACUACGAGAUAGUUCCGAUAAGGUUGAGCAACAGGUCGCAGAAGAUGCAAAGCUGGCAUCGCUUACCGGAGGCAUGAGUGAGGAGGCAAUGGAGCAGAUGAUGAAAGAAUUAGAAGGGAUGAUGAGCUCAGGCGACUUUGAUGGCAUGUUUGGCGGAUUAAUGGACCAGCUCAUGUCUAAGGAGCUUUUGUAUGAACCAAUGAAGGAUUUGGCAACGAAGUAUCCCCAAUGGUUGGCAGCAAACGAAUCGAAGCUUUCACAGGAGGAAAUGGAGAAAUAUAGAAGGCAGCACGAAUAUAUCGUGGAAAUUGUUCAUAUUUACGAUGCCUCAACAACGGCAGAGACGAGUGAAGAGGAUGGGAAGAGAGUUGCCGAUCUGAUGCAAAAGAUGCAAGAGUGCGGCAACCCACCAGAUGAAAUACUCCAGGAACUUGCCCCUGGUCUCGAAAUUGGAGCGGAUGGGAUGCCCAAGCUUCCUGGGGGGCCUGGAGGUCAGGAAUGCAAUAUCAUGUAGUAACCCAUUUUUCGGGGCGUAGUUUGCAGUGUUAUUAAUUGAUGCGAAUAAUUUACUGUGCUUGUGCACGACUUUAUAUGUUUAUUGGA